AUGGCCGGAAAAUUCGAGCCCAAGGUCCCUGUCGAACUGGCUCCCCCCAAGGACGACCCUAUCACCCUCGAGGAGUUGGCAAAGGCCGAUGGUUCGGAUCCGAAUGGGAAGACAUACGUCGCGAUCAAGGGUAUUGUCUAUGACGUGACGGGCAACAAGGCCUACCAACUAGGAGGUUCCUACAACGUCUUCGCUGGAAAGGAUGCCUCCCGCGCUCUAGGUAUGACCUCAACAAAGGCCGAGGAUGUCAGCCCUGAGUGGCAGGACCUCCCUGAUAAGGAGAAGGGUGUUCUCAACGACUGGAUUACUUUCUUUUCUAAGCGUUACAAUGUUGUGGGUCGCGUUGCAGGAGCUACAAACACGGAGUAA